AUGUCUCUUAAACAGGAAAUCGAAACUUGGGUAAAGGCGCUUGGCCAUUAUGAUGGAAAUGAGUUCGACGAGGCUCUGAAGGAGUUUGAUGGGAUAUCGGAUACCUCCAAAAUUCUUUUCAAUUGUGGUGUAAUCCAUGCCACCCUUGGUGAACAUGAAAAGGCUGUGGAAUGCUACCAGCGAGCAGUACGAUUGGACCAAUACCUCGCUGUCGCAUAUUUCCAACAAGGUGUAUCGAAUUUUUUGGUGGGCGAUUUCGAGGAGGCAUUAGCGAAUUUCAACGACACGCUGCUCUACCUUCGAGGUAAUAACAUGAUUGACUACGCACAGCUCGGCCUCAUGUUUAAACUCUACUCUUGCGAAGUGCUCUUCAAUCGCGGAUUGUGUUAUAUAUACUUGCAACAAAAGGAAGCUGGCAUGCAGGAUUUCUCUUUCGCUGUGAAAGAGAAGGUGGUGGAAGACCACAAUGUUAUCGACGAGGCAAUCAAAGAAGAGGCAGAGGGCUAUACCGUCUUCUCGAUCCCCGUGGGAGUUGUCUACAGACCUAAUCAGGCCAAGGUGAAGAACCUGAAGACAAAAGAUUACUUGGGUAAGGCAAGGUUGGUAGCUGCAUCAGAUAGAGCAAACGCGUUCACAGGUUUCGCUGGGUCCGAAAUCAAGAAUGCUGGCAAAGCUGAUGUCAAGGACGAUCGACCAACCGAGAAUAUUUCUUACGCAGCCUCGAAUCUCGUCAAGCCCGGACUUCAGAGCAAGCGGCAGCAAUCAGAGCCUCCCGUGAGCCGCAAUGUGUUCCCGCCUACGCCACCGCCAGAGUCGGAGAAAGGAAGUACUACUUCAUCAAGCAGCGGAAUGAGCCGCGGUGCUUCUGUGCGAAAUGGACCAAAGCCAAUGCCUGCAAAACUCAACAUUGAGAAAGCUCGACCGAAUGAGCGAUAUGAGAUACGUGACGACGGAAGAUCACCUCAAGGACAACAAAAGGAAAGGCUUGGGACGACACGAACAGCUUCGGAACCCCGGGGUCCUCCUGCGAGACAAAUGUCAUCUCGCCAGCGUCCACAACGAAGGCAGUCUGAAGAAGAUGAAGAUGGGUACCCUGAGGAGCUUUACGACAUGUAUUCGAGCUCGCGUAACAGUAGGAACCCGCCACGAAAGCAGCCAAAAUACAUCGAGGAAGAAGAUGAAGACGCCAGCGACUAUGAUGACGGAUCUUUCGACGAGAACGACUUUGAGAUGGUCUCUAGCCGCCCUCCCCCACGACGCGCUCCGUCAAGUGUUGGUGGUGGUAGUGGUCGUGGUGCCUCGAGGCGACCCGAUAUUCGAAAAAUUCGCGUCAAGGUGCAUUCGGAAGAUGUCCGUUAUAUUAUGAUCGGAGCCGCUGUGGAAUUCCCAGAUUUAGUUGAUAGGAUACGAGACAAGUUUGGUCUCCGCAAAAGAUUUAAGAUCAAGGUCCGUGACGACGACCAGCCAGACGGAGACAUGAUCACUCUCGGUGACCAAGAUGACCUGGAUAUGAUUAUUAUGUCGGUGAAGAGCAAUGCAAAGAAGGAGCGCCAGGAUAUGGGCAAGAUGGAGCUCUGGGUACAAGAAGUUUGA